AUGAGGAAUUCGUAUUUGCCUGCAGCCUUUCUCCAUGGAAUUUCAACUGAAGUGUCGCUGGGACGCUUGUAACUCAGGUCCACAUGAUGUCGCCUCACUCGGACAGCAUUUACUCCAUAAUCACACUAUGGAUGACGGUUCACCCUGCCGCUGGUUCCUGUGCCCACAGGCAAAUGAUGGCACAAUUGCGAACUCGGAGUCCUGGAAGGCACAUCUGUUAUCACACGCAGUGUUUGAAUAUUACUGCUUCAAUUCCUCCCAGUCUUUAUCCGCUCGUGUUGGUCGGUUAUUGGAAAACCCAGUUUGUUCCCCAAAUUGCGCUUUUGCAGGAAAUAACACUAUGUUGCCUAACGAACUCAGGAUCCAAGGCAUUCCAUGGGAAUGGUUUAAAACGGAGAACGCGUCAAGCCUAAUCAAAACCGAACGCGAAGUUCCUCCAUUAUUUGGUUGUUAUUUUUGUUAUACGGUUUUUCAAAAGGAAACAGAUUACCUACGUCAUGUUCACCCGGGUGUGUUGGCUUCACACUGGCGGAUAAAACGGCGCGGUUCUCGCUUCACCUGCUUAUGGACGGGCUGUGGGGAAAAGUUUGAUUCAAACGAGCGCCUUCACAGUCACAUUGAGAAGCAACACUGGUGCACUUUGUUAACGCCUUUUUGCUUUUGGCAUAACUGCUCGAGCGACACAACUAAGUUGUGCACUAGCAUCGAGUGGCUGCGUCAUUUGUUUCUGCAUAGCUUUAUCGAGUCUCGUGUCUGCGCCAGUUUGCAGCGACUUCAAACUAACAGAAACAGAAUUGGUGUAAAAUGUCGGGGCAUUAACUUUCAAAAACCCUCGUAUGUCAACAAAACCAUGGAUAAGCUGCUCUGGCAUACCGACAUUCUCCAUUCGGGGUUCCGAUGUCACUGGAUUGAGUGCGAAUACACUACGGAUUCGGCACAACUCUUUGUGGACCAUGCGGUUGAACAUGCAACUUCGGACGUGAGUGACAAUGGCCCAUUUAUAUGUCAUUGGGUUACUUCCUCCGUGCCAACCGCUGCUACGUCUGUUCAGGACGUAGACCAACCAACUAUUUGCAAACGUACUGUGAGUAAAUUGUCCGCUUUGAAAGAACAUCUCUACCGGCACACGGGUUUGCCAAAGUUCAUAUGUGAUCAAUGUUACGUUGGAUUCAGCGAGUUCAACACGUUCAGGGAACACUUUUCAUGGAGCAUUCCAGAUCCUUUGCGCUCCGAUCCAUCAGCCCUUGUACAACAUGACAACUAUACGGACUCCGAUUACCAGGAGUCUACGGGCUCCCCUCGUUCAUCGAGCGGAGAGCAUACGGUCUCGCGUUUUUCACUGCUUCAUUGCCCUCGUUGCUCUGCAACGUUUAUUACCCGGCACCGACUGAUUGAACAUCAAAAGAGCAGGAAGUGUGUGGCUCUCGGCCGAAUGGAAGAAGACCCAGCUGCAACUGUGAUGCUUAGUCGUCGUCCAAAGAAACCCGGAGUGUGUACACGUGUUGAUGGCGCGCACCGCUUGAUAUCAACCAGACCAGAAGACAAUCCACAACUCACACAGUAUUUCUGCUGUCAGGUGGAAGGUUGUCAGUUUCAGUCCAAAGAGUACUGGUCAUACAAAGAUCAUUUCAAGCGAUCUCACUUGUCUGCUAGUGAAGGCACUCGGUAUCUAUGUCAUCUGUGCGAAUUUUGGGCGAGAAAUUCAAGGCUAAUGACAAAACACUUUCGCGAUAAGCACGGUUUGGUACCUUCCACAGGACGAAAGCGUUUCACGUAUAGCUAUUAUCCCAACCUUUCUGGCUAUAGAGAAAUAAUGGAUGCUCCCGUGGCUCCGGAUUUGGAAGAAAUCAUCGGUGGUUCAGAUGAAGAGAACGAAGCAGACACGGAAUUACUUACUCCUGCUGNUUGUUGA